AUGCUGCUUCGUUUGCCGCCUAGUCUUCAUUACCCGAUCACCGUAACGUCGUUGCUGAAACGGCCCGGCGAUGCGGUGGAGAGGGACGAGGCUUUGUUCUGGUAUGUCUACCAGACUACCGUCACCGAGGGUGAUGGGCUGGGCAACAGGGUCGAUGUGAAGCGCAAGUUUCCAACAAAAUUUGAGUCGACUGUGGAUGGAACGAUUGUGCGGUGGAUGGUUGCAAAGGGGGACAUUAUUGACGAGCCUGUCGAUAUCGUUGAGAUUGAUGAGCCAUGUGCGCAUGAGGUUCAGUAUGGAGGGCUUUGUGCGGAGUGCGGCAAGGAUAUGACCGAAUCAACGUAUAAUACGGAGAUGACGGAUUCCAUGCGCGCGCCUAUCCAGAUGGUUCAUGAUAAUACUGCACUUACUGUUAGCGAGAAGGAGGCCACACGUGUUGAGGAAGAUGCGAAGCGGAGGCUGCUGGCGAACCGGAAGCUCUCUCUUGUCGUGGAUCUUGACCAGACCAUUAUUCACGCUACCGUUGACCCAACAGUUGGCGAGUGGAUGGAGGAUAAGGACAACCCGAAUCAUGAGGCAUUAAGUGAUGUUCGCGCCUUUCAAUUGGUAGAUGAUGGUCCGGGAAUGCGCGGCUGUUGGUACUACGUAAAACUACGACCGGGGCUCGAGUCGUUCCUAAGAAAUGUCUCCGAGCUCUUUGAGUUGCAUAUCUAUACCAUGGGUACCAGAGCCUAUGCCCAGCACAUUGCCAGUAUAAUAGAUCCCGACCGAAAGCUGUUUGGUGAUCGUAUCCUGAGCCGUGACGAGAGCGGGAGUUUGACAGCAAAGAAUCUCCAUCGUUUAUUCCCAGUGGAUACAAAAAUGGUUGUCAUCAUCGACGACCGAGGGGACGUGUGGCGCUGGAGCCCCAAUCUCAUCAAAGUAUCUCCUUACGACUUCUUCGUGGGAAUCGGCGACAUCAACUCUAGCUUUUUACCCAAGAAGCAGGAGUUGGGCGCUCCAAGCAAAGCUGGCGACAAGGGGCCAACCUCGGCUCCUAAAGGGUCUACGCUUACGGAGCAUCAUGUCAACGGGACCACUGAGAAGGCUGAUGUGGGAGAGGUCUCGACAUUGGAGCAGCUCGUGACCAUGGGUGGAGGAGACAACCCUAGAUUACUGCAGGAACAGAGUGAUGCACAAGAAGAAACAAUCAUGCAUCAGGUCGAGGACCGCCCCCUCCUGCAAAAGCAGAAAGAGUUGGAUGCGGAAGACGAGCUGGCCGAGACUAGCGACUCCUCGACUAUGGAUGAGUCGCAAGAUUCAACCAGACACCGACAUCAUUUGCUGGAAGAUAAUGACCAGGAACUGUUCCAGCUGGAAGAUCGGUUGGAGCAAGUACAUCGACAAUUUUUUGAAGAGUAUGAUAAGAAACGAUCGCGGGCGCUCGGAGGACGAGUUGCUGUUCUCCGAGGCGAAAAGACGCCGUCGAAGGAAAAAGACGUAGAUCUGAAGCUGGUUCCCGACGUGAAGGACAUUAUGCCGAAUAUCAAGCGACAAAUCCUUGGCGGAGUCGUGAUGGUGUUUUCUGGAGUCUUGCCUCUGGGAACAGACACGCAGAAUGCGGACAUUUCUCUGUGGGCUAAAAGCUUUGGCGUUGUUAUUGCCUCGAAGAUUGAUAUGAAAACCACGCAUCUGGUGGCCGGCCGUAACCGCACCGCCAAAGUACGGGAAGCCACCCGAUACCGCAACAUCAAGAUUGUUACGACACAAUGGCUUUUGGAUUGCCUCAUGCACUGGAGGCGCCUGGAUGAAGAGCCUUAUUUGCUCCCGGUCCACCCGGACGACCGCGGCCAACCGAUCUCGCCCAGCUCAAAAGAAAUGGCAGAGAGCUCAUGGCUUUCGUCCUCCGAUGAAGCAACUGGCGAUUCUUGGACAGACAACGAGGAAGCAUCGGAGGCAACGGAAGACAUCCUCAAAUCGUCCGGACUAACGGAAAUAUCCCCAAUCGGCUACGACGAAACCCAGCAAGCGGCCGUGCAUGAAGAACUGAAGGAAUUCCUAGGCAGUGACGAUGAAAGCGAAAGUGACAGUGAGGCUUCAUUCCUCGCAGAGGACGCUCCACUUACAGCGGGUAAGAAACGGAAGCGCGAGGACGGGGCCGACGAAGAGGAGACCGAGGAGGACGCAGACAACCAAGCUGAGAAUGGCGAGACCCCCGGCUCUCGACUUUCCCAACGUAUCAAACGAUCCUACGAACGAAGCACGGGACUUAAAGAAGUCGCGAAUGUAACUGGGACAAUGACGCCUGCGUCUGCAUCUGCUCCUAAGAAUGAGAAAGAAAUGGACGAACAACAACAACAACAACAACAAGAAGAAGAAAAAGAAGUAGCAGAAGAAGACAAAGAAGAAAAAAAAGAAGAGGAAGAAGAAGCAGAAGUAUUAGCUCGCGAUCACGAACAGAACAAAGGGUUCCGAGAAGAUCCAGCAGAGGACGAUGACGAGCUCGAGCGCGAGAUGCUAGCAGCCUUCGAGGACGGAGAGUACGACUCUAAAGCAGACGAAGACAUAGCAGCCGAGACCGGAUAA